AUGCAUCUUCUUACUGGCCCCGCACCUUCGUCUCCAUCUUUGAACCGCGCACCUGACGAUCUCGCGACAUACGGCAUGUCCCGUUCGCAGCUCGGACUGUGGCUCGCUUACAAGAUGUCGCCUGAUCAUUCCAUGUACAAUCUCGCCAUGAAGCUCGAGCUCGAUCGCUCAGAAUACAGAUUGGAGACUGCUCUCCAGGGCAACACCUGGCACGAUGCCGAUGUUCGGCAUGCAGAGCCUUAUGUUGCAGAAUGGGCACCUAAUGUUGCGGUUGCGCAUCUCCAGAUCCAGAUACUGCACGUUACAUCUCCGGUUCAUUUCAGUAACCGGCUUCGCGCGCCAGUUCCCCUCUCGGACGAGUUCGCCGUGCGCUGGUUUGUUGUCCUCGGGCCCGAGAUGAUGUCGAUUUAUGUGGUGGCGCACCACAUCGCGCUGGACGGGACGAGCAUGAGCAUUCUCUCGGAUGAGAUGCUGCGGUUCAUGGCCAACUAUCUUGCGGGUGAGGAUCAGCUCCCGCAUCAUUCCCAGAAACUUCGGGCUGACACGGCGAAUGACCAGGCCGCCUACGCUGCCGCCGAGCCCGCAGCGCGCGACUUUUGGCUUAGUCAAGUCCGCGAUACAGCACCCGUUCGGUGGAUCAACAAUGGCUCUGGGCAUGUGUCAUGCAGCCCAGAUGGUAAUCUGAAUCCCGCUGCCACGCCACAGGAUGGCCGGUCCAUUAUGUCCGACGCAGCUAGAGAUUACCGCGCGAUUGAAACAUGGACCCUGUUCUCGAAAGCCGACCUCAGACAGUGGAGCGCCAGGUACAACACGUCCUGGUUCCGAGUCAUGCUCGCGGCGAUCGGCGUCCUGGUGCGGUCAAAGUGCGCCCCGCCCGGAUGCGAGGACACCGCGGACUUUGUGCUGACAACCGCGUUUGCUGGCCGACCUGCAGGCCUGGGACACGCACUCGGGCAUUUCGUCAACGCGCUGCCUGUUCGCGUUCCGUUUACCGCAGUUCUCGGGCCGGAUGGGGCCGGCACGUUCGAUAUGCUGGUCAAGCAUAUCUCUGAAUAUGUGUCCGCUGCGAAGAGGCACGAGGUUUUCAGCCUGCUUGAUCUACAGGACGCCGCUCGAGCGGAGGGGAUGCAGAUCCCUCGAUCACAAGUCGCGGUGACCCUGUCCCCCCGUCUCGCGAGAAACGAGUGCGAGCUGCUGCCUGUGGAAGGUGCACACGACUUGUUCUUCUGCUUCCUGGAGGGUCCAGAUGCGGUUGAGCUCGGGGUCAUUUAUAAUCCAACCAUCUUCUCUGAGUCCACAAUCACCUCCUUCAAGUCAGAUUUUGCCUCCUUGUGUACACUCGUUCCAGAAUCUGGCCCGCUUUCUCUGAGAACGAUGGCCCCUGGCCUCGUGCGUCAUCUUCGCACCCUUCCACCUGCGUUGGAUUUACACAACGAGGACCAAAUCAGCGAGACCCCGUGGCAUCAAUUGCUUACUUAUCAAGCGGCUCAAAAUCCGGAUGCUGUUGCGCUUUUUUCGGCGGAGAGCCAAACUGCCAUGACGUACGCGGAACUCGAUCGAAGAAGCUCCGGUAUCGCAUCCUAUCUACAACGCGAAUUCGCAAUCCAGCAAGAGUCUCUGAUCCAGCUUCAUCUGACGCGCGGGUUUUCCGUCCUAGUGUGGAUUCUCGCGGUGCUCAAGUCCGGUGGCGCCUUCUGCGUGUCGGAUCUGAAUCACCCACGCCAGAGAACGAAGCAGAUCGUAGAAGUCGCUAGGCCGCUGCUUGUCGUCGUCGACGGAGAGGAUUCUGAGUGGUUGCUCGAGGACUUGCCAGUCGAGUCGAGUUCGGCUCGACUGAUCCACGUUCGUGAAGUCGAGCACCAUCUUAGCUCAGCAACGACUCCUGCACGAGCACGCCAGGUCACGAAAGGGAGCGACUUGGCAUACGUAAUUUUCACCUCUGGAAGUUCAGGCAAACCCAAGGGCGUCGAAAUCACGCAUUCCAAUCUCACGCACUUCGUCACGGGCUCGCACUCCUCCGCGUCCCCGUUCCUGCCCGGGCUGGGCCCUGGCGCGCGCAUGCUGCAGUGGGCGAACUUCACCUUCGACGCGUCGCUCAUCGAGUGGGCGCCGUGUCUCGCAUUCGGCGGGACGCUCUGUUUCGCGGCGCACCCCAAGGCCCUCGUAGGCGAGUACCUGCUCGAUGUCGUCGUCCGCAACGCCGUGACGCACGUGAAUCUGACCGCCAGCGUGCUCGCGAGCGUGCCUGCGGACGUCGAGCGGGGGAUUGGACGGCUGCGCGUGGUGUCCGUCGGCGGGGAGAUGGUGCCCGAUGGCUUGGUCGAGGUGUGGAGGAAGAGGGGCGUUGUCGUGCAAAAUGCAUACGGGCCGACUGAAUGCGCCAUGGUGAUGUCGCACCACACCUAUCCUCGCAUCUCCAAAAGUGAGACGGCGCCAGUGCCUGCCUGCGUCAUCGGACACGCACACGAUAAGAUGUCGUUCUACGUUUGCUCAGAGGACAAAUUUCAUGCUGCCGCACUGGCUAACGGGGAGGUGGGUGAGAUCUGCAUUGCGGGACCCCAAGUCGGUCGAGGAUACCGGAACCGGCCGGACCUUACAGCUGACCGAUUCUGUGUCCAUCCGCUCAUUGGGGCGCGCCUUUACAGGACGGGAGACCGAGGGAAGAUGCUCCCGGACGGUAGCGUCAUGCUUCUUGGACGUGUUGAUAGAGAGGUCAAGAUCCGUGGAUUCAGAAUCAAUUUCGCGGACGUCGAGCGUCACGUCGCGUCCGCAGCAUCGCUCUCCACCGCCGUUUCGGCGCAGUCGCAUCCUAGGCACGGCCUCUGCGUGUUCCUUGCACCAGAGAUGCCCGACACGGACGUCCAAGUGCUCAAGCGUGUUCUGAAAGAGCGCGUUCCCGGGUAUAUGGUGCCGAGCGCCGUGUUUUCGGUACCUGUGAGCCAGUUCCCGCUCAACGUGAACGGCAAGACCGACCACAAGAGGGUGGGUGAGAUGAUGGAUGCGCUUAUCGGGAACUCUCCGGCUCUCGGAGUGCGAGUUUCUGAUAUCGCACCCUCGCAAGUAGUACUAGAAGCAAAGAGGGAUGAAAUCCAACAAGCAGUGCAUGAUAUCUGGAUGCACCAUCUUCCGAGCCCAGGAAGCUCUAACGAGAACCGCCUCUCCGACGAUGCCGACUUUUUCGAUAUCGGAGGAAACAGUCUCAUACUCAGUCAAAUCCAUGCGUCACUGCGCACUCGUUUCCCCACGGCCGCAGGGAAACUCUCGCUGAUCGAUCUGUUCCAACACAAGACCAUCGAGCAGCAAGCCCAGCUGAUCCGCAACAUCACCAACCAUCCUCAAUCCAUGUCCAAAGCUCCGGGUGCAGCUCAAUCAAUCUCCCGCCCCAAGCUGCUUGGGAACGAGAUUACUGUGAUCGGGAUGGCGGGCCGGUUCCCCGGCGCUGCAUCUCCCGCUGCAUUGCACGAGAUGAUGAUGAACCGCACGGAGGCGAUAUCAACGUUCCAUUCGCGAGUGAAUCACACGAUGAAUGACUCGGAGAUCUAUGUCCCCCGACGCGGCAUGUUGCUGGAACACGGACCUCGCAGGAAAGGGGUCGCAGAAUUUGGACAAGGGUUGUUAACAAAAGUUGCCGCGGAGGCCCUCAUGGACGCCGGGAUCAAUCUAGAUAGAUACGACGCAGAUCGUGUCGGCUUAUAUGUCGGUGUCUCUGGCAUCGGAGAUAACAAACACGAUGCACCGUCCAUAUCCACGCGUACAGCAUACGACUUGAACCUCCAAGGCCCGAAUGUGACUCUGGAUGCCGCCUGCUCCGGGGGAAUGGUCGCGCUGUCCCUCGCCGUCGACCAUCUCAGACUCGGACGCUGCGACGCAAGUCUCAUCCGCAUCGCUCGGAUUAAAAACGCGAGUGCUGAUCGCCGCGCAUCCAGUACCGGCUACCUCACAGCACCCAACAAGAUCCUCUCCCCUUCCGGCCACUGCCGCCCCUUCGACGACAGAUCCGACGGCACCGUCCCGGGGGAAGCCGUCUGCGCUCUAGUGCUGUGCCGCGAGCAGCAGCAGACGCCCGGAGGAGACUCAAAAGGAACGGUGUAUGGCGUGAUCAGCGGGAUCUCGGCUGCAUCCGAUGGAAGUGAGGGAAAGCUGGGACCCACAGGGCCCUGCACCCUCGGACAGAUCCGAGUGGUCAAACAGGCCUGGCGCGACUGUGGUUUGGAUCCAGCCAAGCUUGCCUACGCCGAGAUGCAUGGAAGCGGAACGCGAAUCGGGGAUGCGCUGGAACUAGAGGCACUCGUGAAAGCACGGUCCCAGCUCGGGGUUGCUUCCAGCCGGUUUACGUUUGGCUCCAACAAAGGCAAUGUGGGAAACUGCGAGGCCGCUUCGGGUCUGAUCUCUGUGAUCAAGCUUCUGCAGUCCUUCCAGCCCGCCAACCGCUGCAUACCACCUCUGCAGUCAUUCGAGAGACUCAACCCGUCGAUCGAUUUGCCGCUCCUUGCCGAGGCAGUUGUGGCUCAGCGCGAAACGGCUAUUCCCGAAGCCCCGGACGGUGUGAUAUGCUCGGUGACGAGUUUAGGAUAUGGUGGGAUCAAUGUACAUUGCAUACUACGGUCUGUUACUGAGAUUGUGCCGCAGAAGUCACAUCUGUCUCCCUCCGAGUUGCCAAUUAUGCAGAGCGUCUUGAGUCUGACAUCCCUGUCCCUGCUCUCACUGCUAGGCGUCUUGGUCGUCCGAUGGAUCCUUGGGGAUAAGGGAAAUCUCAGCCGUCUUCCCGGUCCCCCUUCGCAGUCAUGGUUGUUUGGACAUCUUCCCCAGCUUUACCUCACAUUCAAUUACGGAGAGAACGAGUUCAAGUGGCUGAAGGAGUACGGGACGGUGUACCUGUUACGUGGUGUGCUCGGCCAAAAGCGGGUCAUGGUCGCCGAUCCUGUGGCAAUCAACCACAUGUUCCGCGGCGACGAUGUGCACUUCUCGCCUAUGUUCAUGGCGAUCGAUACGGCCAUUUACGGGGAUGACAAUGUGUCCGCCUCAAGAGGCGAGCAACUUCGAGCCGCUCUCAACCCAGGCUUCACGACCGCAGUCGUCAAGAGCUAUCUUGCUGUCUUCGAAACCGUUGCUCAAGGCGUCACUCUAUCUCUGGAUAAAGCCUUGACAGAGCGAAAGAAUGCUCCAGUCAACGUCUCUCCCCUGCUUUCUGAGGCAACGCUGGCGGCCAUCUCACAGGUCGUCCUCGGCCUCUCGCUCGAAGACCUCGGGCCCGAUUUUGUGCGAAUCAACUCACAAGUGAUUGCACUCGCGUCCGGACUGGGGCGGGUGAACUUCCUCACGGAUGCUCUCUCUGCGGUCUUCCCUCGGCUCCCGAGAUACCUCAUGCGUCUCCCCACCCAGAGCUUCCGCGCUGUGCAUCAAGGAAGAACGCUCGCGGAGCAGGUCGGGAAGAAGAUGAUCGGAGCCCGCCUCGACGCGGGGAUUCUGGAGCAGAAAGAGGAUGAUCACCUGUUCGGGAAGAUCUUGACGGAGAACGCAAAGAGAUCCCUCCGGCCCGAGCUACUCGCCGCACAAACUAGUGUACUGCUUGUUGCUGGCCAGGACACGACGGCAAACACGUUGACGUUCGCGCUCUAUGAGCUCGCGCAACGCCCUGAGGUCCAAUCUCGGCUGCGAGCGGAAGUGUUGGAUGCCGUCCAGGACACGGAGAUCCGAUACGAUGCUAUACCUGUGCUCAAUGCUGUCAUCAAGGAAGCGCUGCGUUUGUAUCCGGCCGAGGCUCUCAUGGACAGGAUAGCUGCACAUGACAUGACGAUCCCACUGAGCGCACCGGUACAGUUGUCGAACGGAGAAACUGUGCAACAGCUGGUCGUCUCGAAGGGCCAGUGGAUCACUGUCAGCAGUGCGUCGUAUCAGAGAUCGGAGGGGCGAUGGGGCCCCGAGCCUGAAAUGUUCGAUCCGAAUCGGUGGAUCGAUGGCAAGGUGGCGGCGAAUGGGGAACCGAUGAUCUCGAGCGCGUACGCCAAUUUACUGACCUUCAACGCCGGUCCUCACACGUGCUUGGGCUGGCGUUUUGCUGUCUUGGAGAUGCAGGUGAUCUUGACCGAGCUCAUAUCCAAAUUCGUUUUCGAGGUUCCAGAGGACCCAGCGAUGAGCAUGCGAACUAUGUUCGCCACCACCAUCAUGCCUGCCGAUGCAGAGGGUAAGAAACGGGCUAUGCUUUGUGUCAGUCGUUUGUGAGAAGAGUGCAAUGUAAAUAAGAUCAAUUUCUCUUACGAUGUACCGAGGAGCUCUAAUGAAAAGAUACCGAAGAUACUAGGAACGCACAAA